AAUCUCGCAUUCUUGAGAUUUGAUUCAUGCGUGGAUCAGCCCUCGAUUUGGUGCCACCUAUGAGCUGAAGAUGACGACCCUUCUCGACCCAGAUUUCCCCUGCUCACUUACAAUCGACUUGCCCCUCCCCACGGCUCGUCUUGCGUCUGCGGCUCUGCAAGCUUUGCGCGUUGACAAGGAACUUUCCCCUCUCGUUCGAAGAUCAUUUUCUACAAUCUCUCCUACCUCAAAUGAAGUUGGAGAUGCAAUAAUUGUCGACUCUUCUGCAGAGACAGUCCUGAGAACAGAAUAUAAAGCAACAACGAACAGGAUGCUAAGAGUUGCAGUCAAUGGAUUCAUGGAGAGUUUAAGUGUGGCACUUGGAGUUAUGGAAGAACUCGACGUCGAUGUUCUCGAUGCAGAAAUAAGCAAGGGAUGAAAGAUCUGAAAAGCAAGAUACUUGUAUAUUCACAAAAGACCCCGCAACCCAAUUGCAGAACCUAAUGGGGCAAUAUCAGAAAGCGGCGUUGAGUGUUGGAGAUCAAGUCAGAAUCCGGGGUUGGUUUCGACAGCCUAUGAACUGUAAAGCUUUGAGAGCACGUGGGCUGUCUUACCUUUGACCAUUUUCUUGGUUUGAUGCGGUGUGGCACAUCCGGAU